AUGCCGGCACAGUAUAUCGAGAAAUAUGACCAAGUCCCUGUGACCAAAGAAAACCUUGACUGGGCCGAGCUUAUCACACUGGACUUGAGCCAGUACGAACAACCAGGUGGCAAGAAGGACCUUGUCAAGCAGCUCGAUCAUGCUGUCAGAAAUGUUGGGUUCUUCUAUGUGAAGAACUUCAACAUCAGCCAAGAAGAGAUUGACAACCAGUUCGCUUUAGGGCGGGAAUUUUAUGCCUUGCCACUUGAAGAGAAACUCAAGUUUCACAGCGCCAGUGACCUUGAAAGAGGAGAGUACAACUCUUACCGUCCUGCAGGACACCGAAUCCUAGGAAAUGGUGUCAAGGAUAAUGUCCAGGUGUACAACCUUCCGAAGUUCGAUGGUUACCACGAGCGACCCCAGCCCUCGGUUCUCGCAGACAAUAUCAAGGAGAUUGAAAAGUUUAGUCGGAAAUGUCACACCGAGGUCGUCGAGAAACUGCUCCGUCUCUUCGCAAUCCUGCUCGAGCUGCCGGAUGAGGACCAACUAGUCCGCGAUCACCAGGCGAGGAUCAUCUGCGCUAUAUGCAUUAUGCACUAUAUGCAUUAUGCAGCUCGCAGCACCGAAGACAACAAACAGGUCGGCGAGCUUUACAGCCCCGGUCACACGGACUUGGGAACAGUCACCCUUCUUUUCCGGCAACCAGUGGCAGCACUCCAAAUUCUCAAUUCAGAGAACGAGUGGAAAUGGGUGAAACCGCAGGACGGUACUAUUACUAUCAACACCUGCGAUGCUUUGACAGCACUUACUGGUGGAUUAAUCAAGUCAAGCAUUCAUCGGGUGCAUGCACCACCUGCUGACCAGGCCCACAUCGACCGCUUGGGUGUGCUGUACUUCGCGCGGCCCAACAACCAUGUUGUCCUCGACCCAAUCCGGAACAGCCCCGUCCUUCAACGACUUGGUUUGACUACUAAUGUGUUCACUGAACUUGGGCAGCACCUUACAACUGAAGAGUGGGUUAGAGUGCGGCAAACCCAACAGCAACGAAGACAUCGCGAUGUCAAGAUUUCAACUGAGGGUAAGUAUACAUACAAGCCAAAAGAUCUCGAGAUCAUUCCUGGUCUUCAGGCUGCGAUCUACAACUAG